GCCGUUAGCCGCCUGGCUGCUGGUGGUGCAGCUGUUUCGGAGUCUUUCUGCCGAACAUGUGGCGUGGCAUUGGUGUUACUCCACUUGCAGCAGUCAUUAACAAAACCGAGUGAGACCGAGAAAUCGCUCUCGUCUGUGUGUGCCGUUUAGAGUUAAAGUCAGAGAUAGCUUUCUGACGAGUUCAAAGAAGUGAGGCACGCGGGGAGGUCGAGAGCGAUGAAAACCGAAGGAAUUGAGGGAACGGAAAGGUUUUUGAGCCCUGGUAAAGGCCGGGGACUCAGAGCCACAAAGCAUUUCAGAGUUGGCGAUCUGGUGUUCGCCUGUCCGGCGUAUACUUACGUGCUGACAGUGAACGAGAGAGGCGGACACUGCGAAUUCUGCUUUACCAGGAAAGAAGGGCUGUCAAAAUGUGGAAAAUGUAAACAGGCCUACUACUGCAAUGUAGAGUGCCAGAAAGGAGAUUGGCCCAUGCACAAACUGGAGUGCUCUGCAAUGUGCGCAUAUGGCGAGAACUGGUGUCCAUCAGAAACAGUGCGACUGGUCGCCAGAAUAAUUCUGAAACAGAAAACCCAGACAGAAAGCACUCCAUCAGAAAGAGUGUUGGCUCUUAGAGAAUUGGAAGCACAUUUGGACAAGUUAGAUAAUGAGAAGAAUGAGAUGAACGAUACAGACAUUGCAGCACUACACCACUUUUACUCCCGGCACCUUGAUUACCCUGAUAAUGCUGCACUUACGGAGCUCUUCGCCCAGGUGAACUGUAAUGGCUUCACUAUUGAAGAUGAGGAGCUGUCGCAUUUGGGGUCUGCUGUAUUUCCAGAUGUUGCUCUGAUGAAUCACAGCUGUAGUCCAAACGUGAUUGUGACGUAUAAAGGUACAGUGGCAGAGGUGAGGGCUGUGCAAGAGAUCAACCCUGGAGAAGAGAUUUUCAACAGUUACAUUGACCUCCUGUAUCCAACAGAGGAUAGAACUGAAAGGUUGAGGGAAUCUUAUUUCUUUACCUGUGAUUGUAAAGAAUGCACCUCAAAGUCAAAGGACAAGGCUAAAAUGGAGAUCCAUCAAAAGCUCAGCACACCUCCUGAGAAUGAGGAAAUCACACAGAUGGUGAGGUAUGCCAGAAAUGUCAUCGAGGAGUUCAGGAGAGCCAAGCACUACAAAACCCCCAGUGAACUUCUGGAGAUCUGUGAACUUAGCCUGGAGAAAAUGGGUUCAAUCUUUGCAGACACCAAUGUGUACAUGCUGCACAUGAUGUACCAGGCAAUGGGUGUCUGUCUAUAUAUGCAGGAUUGGGAUGGAGCAAUGAAAUAUGGCGAGAAAAUCAUCCAACCCUACAGUGUGCACUACCCUCCCUACUCACUGAAUGUAGCCUCCAUGUACCUGAAACUUGGAAGAUUGUACUUAGGACUUGAGAAGAGGACACAAGGAGUAAAAGCUUUAAAGAAGGCUCUUGCGAUCAUGGACAUUGCCCAUGGGAAGGACCACCCGUACAUCACUGAGAUUAAGAAGGAAAUGGAAGAGCAGAAAUAAUGGAAGCACCAGGAGGAAUAUGCAUCAAACACUGGCAUGUGUCUUACACCUUUCCUUGGAAUAUUAAAAUAAAGUGAGGUCAAAAUUGUCUGUCAAUCUGAGAUGUCAUUUAAACAGAUUUAAGAUAUGUAAACAGAUGACCUGAGUCAGAGAUAUUUUGUUGCUUGUAAUGUCUGAUUUGGAAAAAUAAAAGUGCUGCACUGUUUUCUGUGAAGAAGGGCUAAGAUAUAAGAAUCAUAUCACAUAUACCAGGUUUUUAACUUUAAACAUUUUGCCCUCUCAUGUAGCAACAAUAUUACUAUUUUUAAUAGCUUACAAAUGUAAAUCAUUUAUAUAUUCUCAAUGAUGCAAUUUUCAAUAAUGUUUUACUUGUCCAUUUGAUAGGUUGUUGCAUGGUUAUCAUUUUGCUCUGAUCAGAGUAUAUCAUUGAUACUGUUAAGAUAUUGGACAUCUGAUCUUUCAGUAAAUUUCAGUCAUAAUGUUACUUUCAUCCUUGCUUCCUUGUUUGUUUGGUAUUGUGAUAUUUUGACAGGUAGCAAUGGUGAAAAAAUGUAUGUAGACCGCCACAUGCUUGAAGUUUGUGACAACACUAAAGUAAUAAAUUCCUGAAGAUAAA